AUGCGUUCCUUCGCUGUCCUCGCCAUGGCCGCCAGUGCCUCAGCUUACGCUUACAACCCUACCUACAACGUCAGCUCCUCCGCUGUUGAGAGCUACGCUGCCUCCACACCAGCUUACGCUGCCUCGACACCCGUCUACGCUGCCUCCACCCCCGGCUAUGCUGCCUCUUCCGCCCCGGCUUACCCUGUCGCUUCCUCCAGCACCAAGUACGAGGAGUACCCUGUCACCUCCACCAAGGUUAUCCAGGAGACCACCUUCGUCUGCCCUGAGCCCACUGUUGUGACCUACGAGGAGAAGACCUACUCGGUGACCAAGGCCACCACCCUCACCGUCUCUUCUUACACAACCACCGUCGUCAAGACCACCCACACCCCUGAGGCCCAGAAGCCCUCCAGCAAGGUCGAGACCCCUGUCUACAGCGCAUCCAUUCCCUCGGUUGCUCCUACGCACGCUCCCUACCCAAGCAGCAACGCCACUGUUCCCACGGCCCCCCAGGGAACUGCCACUGGCUACCCCACCGGCACAAAGCCUGCUACUCCUGAGUUCACUGGCGCUGCUGCCCAGGCUGGUGUCGGCCUUCUCGCCGUUGUCGGUGCCCUCGCUGCUUUCUUGUAA